AUGGUGCUUAUUGUACUGACGAGUUUUCAGGGUGUGCAAGAUUCGGAUGCUGGCUCAUACUCCUGUGUUGCGCAGAAUAUCGCCGGGCGUGACCUAGGGGUGAUUAGUCUCGACGUCGGCAGUAUGCCGACAAUUGUGCCAACCCCCGAUACAGUCCGAGUGAAUAUCGAGCGUUCCGUGACAUUGCAGUGUCGCGCGAUUGGCCAUCCGAUCCCCAAGAUUUUCUGGCGCCGCAACGGUAUACCAAUGGAAAAAUUGGGCGAUCGAGUCAAAAUGCUACCCGAUGGAAGUCUUCUCAUCAACAGUAUGCUUUAA